AUGUCAUACAGCAGCAGCAAUACAUCCCCGCAGAUUUUGGCAGGCACAGGUAGCUUAUAUGGAAAUGACGAGAUGGAAAAGGACACCACCAUCUGCAUUCUAAACGUUUCGAGAUUUGGUUCCAACCAUGAUACAUCGGCCAAUUCUCUAGAUCACCAUGUUGAAGUAUCCACCCAUGAGUCGAACGGUGUUAACACGGUAUCGGCUCGAUUCCUCUCCAUUCUCACCGGAAAGCCUAUUGGACAAUAUCUGGCAGUGGAAAACAAGGACGAAUGCUUUUUCAAGGUCGAAUGGGCGUUUCCCCAGCACAAAGACGGCCCCAAAAUAACGACUCGGCAUCUCCUCACAUCGGAACCUACCUCAGCGAAUCUGAGCUUCAGUGGCGGCCUGGACUGGGCCAAGAAAUUGCUGGAGCACUACGUCAUCAGCUCUCGUGGCUCGACGACGACGCUCUCAGCGGCAACAAUACAGCCCAGGUCGGGUUCCCAGGUUGUUGUUAGCCGACAUGAAUUGGAGAGGGAGGGAGACCUUGACGACGAUAAUGACCAUAUGUCCGUCUGCUCCGAAGCCCCACCUGCCACCACAUCGACGACAGGAGCAAGCCCUGCGACAAUCGCCAGUCCAACCUUUUGCCUUCAUUCCAGCGUCUUCCCGCCUUGGGGCCAAAAUCUGCGCGACUCGCCAUCAACGUCCGAAUCCGUCGACCGUUGCGGCUACAAUGAUCCCGACACGCCAUUCUCAGGCUCUGGUAGUGAGCAGCAAAUUCGCAAGUGGACGAGUGAUGACACUGGCGACGGCGGGAGUGCCCACUCAGGCUCAGCCCAGAAUCACAAUCAGGCCGAUGUCGAGAUCACCAAGUCUCUCAAGGAGCAAAGAAAACAGGCCGAAGCCAUCUACGCACGCAACGGAGAUAUGAGCGAGAUGAUGGCUCUUCUGGCGCGGGCGAAGGACAUCCCUGCGGCUUGGGAGCCGAAUGGACGGGCAAGGUUCUAG